AUGUCGACCCAAUCAAUCGCUCCGAAUCUCCCCAAUCAUGGCGCCCGCCAUUCAUGGAGCAUCUACCACGAGCCCAAGUUUGAUCCAGCCACGGGCACCUUCACUUUCGGGCUUUACUAUAUGACGCAGAAUGCAAAGACGGGUGAUUUCUUCUUUGGUGGUGAGAAGCAACGACUAGAAGAGAUACUUAUCAGCGAUGACACCGUGGUGCCUACUUUGCCGUCGCAAAACUUGACCUCUUUGAUGGCUAGCACGUUCAAAUCUGCAACUGGAGAGCCAUUAAAAUCCAACCCACGCCGAAUUUGGUCUGGUAUCAUGGGCUUUACACCAGACGGAAUGCCCAUGGUAGGCCGACUAGGCCAGAGGCUAACUGGAAGACCGGGUGACAAAGAAUGGGCCGCGGUUGGGUUCAAUGGCUAUGGCAUGGAUAAGUGCUGGCUUGUUGGGGAACUACUCGGUGCCAUGAUUGCAGGUGAAGAUGUCAACGGUCGCCUCCCGGCUCUCUAUCAGAUCACCGAGGAGAGACUGAACAAGCUGAUGGCACCUAGAGAUGUUCCUGCUAGACUUUUCCGUCUUUAG